AUGGAUAAGUAUGUGACAGAGGAGGAAGUAGAUAGUUUUCGAGCAAGAAGUGAAAGUGACCAACAUUGGGAGUUGAGGAAGAGUUUCAUUCUCAGGCAUCUUACGUCCUAUCCAAAGAAUCGCCUUCUAUGUCUUGCCCAAUUAUUCGUUAAUGCUAAUAUUCUGGGUUGUGUUUAUGAUCCUGAACUAACGCGAGAAGUAAAUGAAUUAGGUAGUGGUCUAAUGGAGAAGUACAGACAGAACUACAAUCGUAAUUACGAGGGACGUGCAGAAGUCGUCAAAGCUAAGAGGAGGCGAGAAGAUGAGGCUUUUGAGCCUAAAAAAGAAUCACCAAUGGAAAGCAAAAAGAAGGUUACAAUUUUGAGAGUUACAUUCUUCAGCAAGGUGUUCGUUUUCUUGAAAGCCCAGUCAGGAGUAACGGAUAGAGGAUUAAAUCCUUUACAAAGACUGAAUCAAAUUGUUGCCAGACUAAAAGUUGGAUGGCAGCUGGCUGACGUUGAAGGAGUUCCUUCUCUCCUCAUUGAUGGCGUUGUUGUUUUGUCCAACCGUUUUCUUACUUCGAAAGCUGUUGAAGUCAAGCACUACGCAGCUGCAGGUGCUCUGCAUGCUGUUAACAUGGCAAAAAUCAUUUACAAGAACGAAAGGUUUGAGUUGUGGCACGGAGAUAUAGGUCCAAAGAAUUGUUACGUUGACUUCAUCCGGAGUAUGUUACGUAGGAUGUACGCAGUGCUUCCGGUUACGGGCUCCGCUGAGAGGCGUCUAGAAGUAGGCUUUCGCAAUGUAGGCACAUACCUUGAUUACAGGACGAAGAAGGGAACUGGGUGGGAACAGGAGAUUUCGUUCUUUGUCAUGAAUGUUCUGCUUGCAUCGAAAGUGUUGAGGAAAGGGGACUGCGCGAAGAAUAAAGAGUUUGAACAUAGAGAAAUUAUGGCAAGGGAAGUUAUUAAAGCCUUAUCGGAAAAGGAGCUAGAAUUUGAGGAGAACGACACAGGCUUCGUAUUAAGGAGAAAGCAAGUCGCAUGA